AUGCUCCUACUCGCAGAGGAGAUGGAGACUGAAGAGGCACCACACCUUUUAGCAGCGUACGCUCGGAUUCAAGAAGAGCACGAACGACUCGGUGGCUACGAUUAUGAACACGAGAUCAAUCGUAUUCUCGGCGGCUUAGGUUUCAGCGAACCUGACUUCAAUCUCCCAAUUCGUGUCCUCAGCGGUGGACAAAAGAGCCGAGCAACACUCGCAAAGUUGCUCCUUGAAAAGCCAGACUUACUGCUUUUUGACGAACCAACAAAUCAUCUUGACAUCAACGGGAUUGAGUGGCUCGAAAACUACCUCAACAUCGAAUACAACGGCGCAGUCCUCGUUGUUUCUCACGAUCGAUACUUUUUAGACAAGCAUGUGUUUAUCGAACACGAAGAGGACUUUAUUCGCCGCAAUAUUGCGGGACAGCGUACAAGAGAGGCACAAGGCAGGCGGAAAAAACUGGACCGCUUGGAAAAAUUUGAAAAACCGAAGCUCGAUGCCCCUACCCUCAACCUGAGUUUUACACCUGAAACUCGCGGUGGAAAUGAUAUUCUCCGAUGCCAAAAGGUUGGCAAAGCAUUCGGCGACAAAGUCAUUUUCACGGAUAUGAAUUUUGAGGUAUAUCGCCGCGAUAUUAUCGGAAUUAUCGGGGCGAAUGGUACCGGAAAAACAACGUUCUUCCGAAUGAUUUUAGGCGACGAAGCACCAACCGAGGGCGAAAUGUGGGUAGGUCCCACGCUCAAGUUUGGGUACUAUACACAAGAAUUGGAAGGACUCAACCUGGACAACGAAAUUAUCGACGAAAUCUCGGCACUUCGACCAAAUCAUACACAGGGUGAAAUACGUAGUUUCUUGAGCAAGUUUCUAUUUUCCGGUGAUGAUGUGUUCAAAAGGAUCGGGAACCUGAGCGGAGGAGAGCAGAGCCGUGUGUUACUCGCGAAGUUGCUAUUAGCGAACGCGAAUGUCCUACUCCUUGAUGAACCGACGAACCAUCUCGACAUCCCAGCACGUGAGGCGUUGGAAGCAGCACUGGCGGAAUAUCCAGCAACGCUUUUUAUUAUUUCUCACGACCGGUACUUGCUAAACAACCUCGCAACAAAACUGUUAAUCUUUGACGGUAAACCCGGAGGGACUGCGGAACUUUUCCAAGGCAACUAUGCCGAGUAUGUGGCACAGCAGCAACAAGCACUUCAAGCGAAUCGACAGCGUGAAAACAACCAAGAGACACAGCACAUCCAAACUAACUCACCGAAACCUAAGUCGAAAUCAAAGCGAAAGCAAAAAAUGAAGGCAGAGCGUCUCGUCGGCAGCAACUAA